AAGAGACGAUCCCUUCAUUGGCGAGCCCGUCUCUCUGAUCUGAGAUCUCUAUAUAUUUAUCCCUCCAGCGACCAUUUCUAACAUCAUCCUCCGUUUUCACUGCCUACUUUCAUUCCUUCGUCUCUUCGCUUUUGCUAUUUGAUUCUCAGUUUCAUUCUGGUGUAUUCUUUUUUUGGUGAAAAGAAGGCGAGAUUAUUGGUGGCAUCUGAAGAAGAAGAACAAGAACAAGGAGCCAACCCAGAGGUUGAAGCAACCAUGUUGGGGAUUUUCAAGGAGAGUUUGGUGAACCCACCACAGGAGCUGAAAAGCCCUGCUUCUGUGAAUUCAGCCACAAAGCCAAAGCUUUCUCAUGAUAUCUUGAACCAUUUUAUUUCCUCUAACCCUACCUCCGCUUUCUCCAUGAGCUUUGGAAUGGAUGCUUUGUUAGCUUAUUCCCCUUCCUCUCCAAACAGGAUGUUCUGUGGUUUGGAUGACAUGUACUGCAUUUUCUUGGGAAGUUUGGACAAUUUGAGCAGCCUCAUCAAGCAGUAUGGCCUAUCAAAAGGAACCAAUGAGGCCAUGUUCAUCAUAGAGGCUUACAGGACACUUCGUGACAGAGGUCCGUACCCAGCUGAUCAGGUUCUCAAGGAGCUUGAAGGCAGUUUUGGAUUUGUGAUCUACGAUCAAAAGUACAAAGCUCUUUUUGUUGCCCUGGGUUCUAAUGAACGGAUUGGACUCUUCUGGGGUUUUGCAGCUGAUGGUUCUGUAAUUAUUUCUGAAGACUUGGAUCUUAUCAAAGCAAGUUGUGCUAAAUCUUAUGCACCAUUCCCCACUGGGUGUAUGUUUCACAGUGAGCAUGGUCUAAGAAGCUUUGAGCAUCCGAGAAUGAAGAUGAAGGCAAUGCCUAGGAUUGAUAGUGAGGGGAUAAUGUGUGGGGCCAACUUCAAUGUUGAUUCGCAGACAAGGGUUCCUGUGAUGCCUCGUGUUGGAAGUGAAGCUAAUUGGGGCACUUGGGGUUCACAAGCUUGACUAAUUUUAUCAAGCACUCGAAUGUUUAUUUGUUCCAUUUAGAAUAAGAGGGGGGAAAAGUGACAAAAAAGAGCCCAUUGGGACGUUUGAUUUGAUGUCUUGAGUUGAGAUUUGCCUUUCUUUUUUGCAUGUAAAUAUAUUCGUGCUUAAUGUGAUCUGAUCUGGCUUUAUCCUUCGCCACUCGAAUAUAAUAAAAUUUCAACUUUGAAUUU